AUGCCAUGGAUUGCUUGGAGGAUUUCUCACAGUGUCCAGCUUGUAACAAAGAAUAUGACGUCAUUUUGAUCUUACCUUGUUCUCAUACGAUCUGUGGUCGAUGUGUGGCAGCUGAAGAGGAAACCGGGUCGCAUCCUGUGUGUCGCCGUGACCCACGACGGUCAAUCUGCUCGGUGCCGUGCCCAUGCUGCAGACAACCAGUAGAGCUGCCAUGUUGGACGUGGUCAUCUGCCGCUUCCUGUCUCCCUCAGCAUCCCACUCUGAGGUCCGAAUAUGCAAACUGGGAUACAGGCUUCAAAUACAGAUCAGCAAGGUCUCACCACGAACAGGAGGACAGUAAUUGCAAAUCGACACUAAGCAGUAAAAGGUGCUCCACUGCGCGCAGCUCCUUUGUAUUGCCAGAGGAUGGUGCUGUAGACCUGCUAGAAGAGGAGAUGGAGCGGAGUGUCUAUGGGCUGCGCUUCUCCCUGGACCCUUCAUCUGUCCCACCACCCCUCCGUCUGUCCAACACCCUCCUCACAGUGACCUACAGUGACAGUGGUUCUUCAGAUCUACGUCCUAGGAUCAGAAAACCUGCGUUGACCCCUGACUCCACGGUGCUUCUUCCUCAUGUGAGCGCUGAUGUCAUCAUUGCUCGGGGGCAAUACUACUGGGAGGUGGAUGUCUGUAACAGCUCCGUCUACAGGGUUGGUAAGAACUCUGUUGGUUGUGGUUGAACUGGGUUGAUGCCAGUU